AUGGUGAUCCUUAAUGAAUUGCAGAACAAUAACAAACCUUCUUACAGCUAUAAAACCUUCUUUGAUGUGAGGUUAAGAGACCUAAAGAACAAUUUGAUUAGUACCAUUCAGCCUGGAGCUUUUCUGGGUCUUCAGGAUCUAAAACGCUUGAACAUAUCAGGAAAUAUCUUUGCCACCCUCCAUAGUGGAGUCUUUGAUGAGUUGCUGUCUCUGAAAGUUCUUGACUUUGCCAAUGAAUAUCUGACCUGCGAUUGCCAUUUGCGCUGGGUCCUAGCCUGGUCCCAAAGCCAUUCUGUCCAGGUAUCUGAUAAGACGGUGUGUGUCUACCCCAGCCACUUGCACGGGAAGCUACUACGAAACAUCAGAGAGAGUCAACUGCGCUGUGAAGGGUCCCCAGAGCUGCAUACUCAUCAGCUAAUCCCCUCCCUGAGGCAAGUUGUCUUCCAAGGAGACCGACUCCCUUUCCAGUGUUCAGCCACCUACCUGGACAACAGCACACACAUCCUCUGGUAUCACAACCAUGCACUGGUACAAGAAGAUGAACCUAGCGGCAUCAUCUUAGAGGACAGCCUCGUUCACGAUUGCACUUUAAUCACAAGUGAGCUCAUCCUGUCCAACAUCCAUGUCUCGGCUAGUGGUGAAUGGGAAUGCACCAUUUCCACUGCCCAGGGCAACGUUAGCAAGAAGGUGGAGAUCGUUGUGCUGGAGACCUCAGCCUCGUACUGCUCACCGGAGCGGGUUACCAAUAACCGUGGAGACUUCAGGUGGCCCCGGACCUUGGCUGGCAUCACUGCUUAUCAAUCCUGCCUCCAGUAUCCCUUCACUUCUGGGAAUGCAGGCUCUGGCCAUGAAAAGCAGGCAUGGAGGCACUGUGACCGCACAGGCCGCUGGGAGGAAGGGGACUAUUCACACUGCUUGUAUACCAAUGAUAUCACCCGUGUGCUCUACACCUUUGUGCUGAUGCCCAUCAAUGCCUCAAAUGCACUAACCUUAGCCCACCAGUUGCGGGUCUACACAGCUGAAGCUGCAAACUUCUCAGAUAUGAUGGAUGUCAUCUAUGUGUCUCAGAUGAUUGAAAAGUUCACUGGUUACGUAGACCAGAUCAAACAGCUGACCGACGUCAUUGUGGAGAUGGCAAGUAACAUGAUGCUGGUGGAUGACCAUGUUCUGUGGAUGGCCCAGAUUGAAGAAAAAGCUUGCACCAGCAUAGUGCACUCCUUGGAGAAAAUUGCGACUUAUGCUGUCAGCACCAACUCUCAGCAUAUGGCUGUGAACUCCAGGAACAUCGCCUUUGAAGCCUACCUUAUCAUGCCAGAAAGUUACCUGGGCAUGAGCUGCAUGGCUUUUCAGAAGCGCGAGAAUCUUGGUAGCCGUUCUCCACGACAGGAACAGUUUUCUGAAUCCUUGUCAGACCAGCAGCUGAAGUUCCGUUGUGCUACAGGCCGACCAAACAUCUCCUUGGCCAGUUUCCACAUCAAGAACAGCAUUGCUCUGGCCUCCAUUCAGCUGCCUCUGGGCCUCUUCUCCCCACCAGCUCCCCACCAGCCUGUGCCCAUUAGGUGUAAGCUUCAGUUCCUGGUGUUCCGCAAUGGAAAACUUUUCUGCAGCACGGGAAAUUCUUCACACCUCGCCGAUGAUGGCAAGCGACGCAGCGUGGCCACCCCAGUGAUCUAUGCAAGCACACAUGGCUGCGGCGUAAGCAAUCUCACCGAGCCAGUCAUCAUAUCGUUGCGGCAUUUGGACAAGGGCACAGAUCGCACAGCCGCUUUCUGGGACUUUGACAUUCUGGGUGGUUACGGUGGCUGGAGAGCAGAAGGUUGCCAGCUGAUCCUUCAGGAAACCAACUUCACGACUGUGAGCUGCCGACAUCUCAGCAACACUGCUGUGCUGAUGAACGACCAUGUGAUUCAACUGAGACAGAGUGAAUGGCAACGGUGCAUUGGCCAGAUAACGCCUUUCAGCUGCACCACCAUUCAUAUUGCACAGAAGUGCUGGCAUAUGCUGCUCAAUCUCUGCUUUCACAUCGCCAUGACGUCAGCUGUGUUUGCAGGUGGCAUCACUCUCACCAACUACGUAGCCGUCUGCCAAGCUGUUGGCAUCAUUCUCCAUUAUUCUUCCUUGUCUACUCUUCUGUGGAUGGCAGUGAUGGCACGCGUGAUCUACAAGGCAUCCAUCUGGAAGGCACCCCAACAGCAGGAAGGGGAACCAACUCAGCCUGCCCCUCGCCCAAUGCUACGGUUCUACCUGAUUGCUGGGGGGAUCCCUUUGAUCAUCUGCGGGAUUACAGCGGCAGUUCGUAUUGACAAUUAUGGAGAUCAGGACUCGUACUGCUGGCUGGCUUGCCGACCAAGCAUUGGAGCAUUCUAUGUGCCUGCAGCUUUCAUUCUGCUCAUCACCUGGAUUUACUUCCUAUGUGCCGGAGUCAGUCUGCAGUGCCGAGCUAAGGAUCCCAAAGAAAUACCCAAGCCCUUGGAAACAAGGCAACGCUUCGGAGGCAGUAGCAACCUGUUGACCGAUUCAGGGUCGCUUUCAGUCACCCUGAAUUCCAGCCCCCACACUGCUGAUAUUGAUGGUGUGUAUUCUCUGGGGAUGCAACUCUGGGCCCUUAUCAUCACCCAUUUCCUAUACCUCACUCUGUGGACCUUUGGAGCGAUGGCAGUAUCUCAGCGUUGGUUCCUCCUGAAGGUUGUCUUCAGUUGCCUCUACGGAGUCACUGCUGGAGCCUUAGGAUUUUUCAUCUUUAUCUACCACUGUGCCCGGCGCAGAGACGUACAGAAUUCAUGGUUUACUUGUUGCCCGUCUUACAGGAAUGCUUUACCUAUGCAGGCUUAUGGGCACACUGGAGCGGGCGUUGAAGGUGGCUCACAGGUCUUCAUUGGCUGCAACCCAGAAGUAGCUCAGUCCAUUAAGUCUUCAUCGUCCCCUACCAGCACAAUUUCAGCCCCAGGGCCCUGCAAGCUCAACAAUUUGCAAGUGGCCCUUGCCCAGCCAGACAGUAACCCAGUAACAACUGCCUGCUUUGAAGAGGCAGAGCCUUCCAAUAGUAAGAGCACCCCUUCAACCAGGUAUACGAACAAUCUCCAUGGGCGCACCAGGUACCAUAAAAGCAGAACUAAACUCUAUCGAGAAGGGAAGCACCAGCGUCUGAAGGCAAUGCGGGGACCUUCCUCAGAGCAUCCUACUAGCGAGAGUGGGAGCCUUCAGAACAGUCAUUCAGAGAGUUACCAAAGCAGCCGGAAUAGCCCUUUGAACAAUCAGAACCAAGGGAAAGUUGUGACUCUGGAAUCCACCCUGACGCAGUCGGACUUGAGUGACGGCAGCGGUGGCCCCCAGCCUGCCGAUUUUGGGAGAGGCCAGAGGAGAAGCGCCAGCAGAGACAACCUUAAGCAUCAGGCCAACCCCUCCGUAGAAAGAGAGACCAAGAGGCGCUCCUUCCCGCUCAAUGCAGCCAAUCAGAAUGGGGUCCUGAAGGGCAGCAAGUAUGACAUAAAUCUCAGUGGUGCGGACAAUGCAAGCAGUAUGAAAACAGGUCUCUGGAAGAGUGAGACAGCAGUGUAGGAAAGGGUCCAAGACCUCUGCAGCUGGGAUCCUAGAAAAAUACCAACUCAGGUAGGAAGCUGCAGGUUACCUUUGUGGCCACAGCCUACCAGACUCGGUGAAGAGAAUAUUUUUACACACUACAUAGGCUUAGAUAAUAUGAGAUGGGUAGGCAAGAACCAUGCUCCCUGCUGGUCCACCUGAGCAGAUGGAAUAGGGAGACUGUUCUGACCUCCCAUGGGAAUCGCAGCACAUUUCACUGUGUAUCAGGUGAAGUUGCUGUUUUUUGUGCCAGGGAACAUCUUCCUCCAGAGAAUGGGUCACAAUUACCCAAGGUGCCAAAGUUGCAAAGCGCGAGACAAUCAUCUGUUCUUGUGAUUGUGUGGUCUCCCUCCUUCAUGUCCCUUUAGAUCCUUGAUAUUUUUGU